AUAAUAUAAUAAAUAGCAUUGUUAAACGUGCCAAUCAAUCCUUCCAAAUAUCAUCAAAUACAAAUAUUGAAUCUGAGCAGCAAAAAGAUCUUAAACCAGAACCUAAAUUCAUAUUAAUUCUCGAGAAUUUGAAGCCAAAUCACAAGAAUCUGAAACAGAAUUUUAUAAUGAGUCUGAACUUGAAUCACAAAGCAUAG